CCGCCAACGCCGCCGCCGCCGCCGCCGCGCUCGGGCGAGCUCGGUGCACUCCCUCCGCGGCCGCCGAGCCGAGCGGACGCCCUCCGGGCCGAGCGGCACCCUCUUGCUCCCCUAUCAUGCCCGGGGCCCGGGCCCUGGUCGCCCAAGCAGCCAGAACACCAUGCCCGAGGGCGGCGGUGGCGAUGGCGGGGAGGUGCCUGCUCUCAUCACGGACGGCGAGCCGCUGCGAGAGGAGCAGCGGCCCCUGAAACAGUCCCUGGGAAGCUCCCUGUGCCGCGAGUCCCACUGGAAGUGCCUGCUCCUCACGCUGCUCAUCCACUCCUGCGGCGCCGUGGUGGCCUGGUGUCGCCUGGCUACCGUGCCGAGGCUGGUCCUGGGGCCCGAGGCAGCCCUGGCCCGCGGGGCCGGGGCCCCGCCGCCCACCUACCCCGCCAGCCCCUGCUCGGAUGGCUACCUGUACAUCCCCCUGGCCUUCGUCUCCCUCCUCUACCUCCUCUACCUGGCCGAGUGCUGGCACUGCCACAUGCGGUCCUGCCAGGCGCCGCGCACCGACGCGCACACGGUGCUGGCGCUGAUCCGCCGGCUGCAGCAGGCGCCGCCCUGCGUCUGGUGGAAGGCCACCAGCUACCACUACGUGCGGCGCACCCGCCAGAUCACCCGCUACCGCAACGGCGACGCCUACACCACCACGCAGGUCUACCACGAGCGCGCCGACAGCCGCACGGCGCGCGCCGAGUUCGACUACUCGGCGCACGGCGUCCGCGACGUGUCCAAGGAGCUGGUGGGCCUGGCUGAGCACGCGGCCACGCGCCUGCGCUUCACCAAGUGCUUCAGCUUCGGCAGCGCCGAGGCCGAGGCCUCGUACCUCACGCAGCGGGCCCGCUUCUUCGGCGCCAACGAGGGCCUGGACGACUACCUGGAGGCGCGCGAGGGCAUGCACCUGAAGGACGUGGACUUCCGCGACUCCCUCAUGGUCUUCGCCGACCCGCGCCGCCCGCCCUGGUACGCGCGCGCCUGGGUCUUCUGGCUGGUGUCGGCCGCCACGCUGUCCUGGCCGCUGCGCGUGGUGGCGGCGUGCGGGACGGCGCACGUGCACUACCAGGUGGAGAAGCUGUUCGGCGCCGGCUCGCCCCCGCCCGGCGCCCCGCCCAGCGCGCCGCCCCUCUCCCGCGUGGCCACCGUGGACUUCACCGAGCUCGAGUGGCACAUCUGCUCCAACCGGCAGCUGGUGCCCAGCUACUCGGAGGCGGUGGUCAUGGGCGCCGGCUCGGGCGCCUACCUCCGCGGCUGCCAGCGCUGCCGCCGCUCCGUCAGCAGCAACUCGCUGCCCCCGGCCCGGCCCAGCGGGCCCCGCCUGCCCUUCAGCCGCAGCCGCCUCUCGCUGGGAGCGGGCGGCCGGGCCACGCCCGGGGUCUUCCGGAGCCUGAGUGGGGGGCCGCUGGGGCGCCGCGGGGAGGACACGGAGCCCCUGGAGAGCCCGCCGUGCUAUGAGGACGCCCUUUACUUCCCGGUGCUCAUUGUCCACGGGGACAGCGGCUGCCAGGGGGACGGGCAGGGUGCCUUCUGAGACCCCGUGGCCCCUCCCCCACCCCACCAAGGGCCCCCCUGCCUGAGGGACGGUCCCACACAGACUAAAAGGCAGUGAGCCCGGGUCCUGUCGGGGCUCCACCGAAGCCGAGUCCAUGAACUGUCCCAGCAUGGCUCCUGCCCACCACCACCAGGCCCCACCCCCUGCAAGGGCAGAUGAUCUGUCUUGGGAGUCUUUCUGUCUGGGCAGGGGAGGAAGUUUCCAGAAGGCUGAAAUGGAGGCGUCCUGGGGACAGCUGUUGCCUCCUGUGGGUCUUCCCUGCGUGGCUGAGGCCACCCCGGGAGCCCUGGAGCAACCCAGAGCACAAAUGGGUGGUUUGGGGCCAUGGCCAGCUGGGCUGACAUCCAUGAAGCUGAAGAGCUGGUUACCGUAGCACCACGGCCUUGGCCCUACCGCCCACCCAAGGUCCCCAUCCUCCCCCCUGACAGCUGCCCUCCUGCCCUCUGGCCUCUUGGGGCCCGUCCCUGAUCAGUCCCUGCAGCACGGCCCCUCUCCUGGGAGCCUGGUUCUUAGAGCACAGCCUUGCCCCAUCCUACACCCCCGUUUCCCUGGUGUACUCACCCCACAUCCAGCAACCCUAUAACCCAAGGCCACGUUCCCUGGUCCCUGCUCUCCACACCCCCCGCCCCCCAAAGUCCAGGUCUGCCUCUGUCAGCCACGCACACACGCUCUGGGCUUCUCUGCUCGUCCUUUUCCUGGUGAUCCACAGGGCCCAGGGCCACAGGGCAUCCGAGGGGCCUCCGCCUGACCAGCCUCCUGGACGAUGCCCUUGCUCUGCCAUGGAGGCCUCUGCUUCCCUGAUCAGUAGGGCCUGGCCCAGGGGACACCGUCCCUCUCCCAGGGAGGAAAGAGUAGUCCCUUCCCUUCCAACUGGGGCUUCCACCCCCUCUCAGGGGCCGGUGGGGGAGGGAGGAGACAGUAGAGAUGCAGAUAAAAUAAAAGGUAUAAA